AAUAGAGAAAUAAAUAAAAAAAUGAGCGAAACACCUGGAGAAAAUACGGGACCCGAGGGUAAUCAGAAAAAUGACGAACCUGAGGAGAAGAUUUGGCCGCACGAGUGGAUGCUGAGACCCUGUGAUAUGUAUUAUUCGGAGUACAGAGUCUGCAAUUCCAUCAGGGGGAAGUUCAAUCAGAUCUUCGUCGAGGGGGAGGUCGCCGAUUGCACCCAGUGGAAAGUCGACUACGAGAAAUGCAUCCAGUGGAAGAAAUCCGGGGAUCAACAGUCUUAUGAGGAUCUCGUGGCCAGUGAAAAAGUCCGGAGAUUAAACAGAUUGAAAGGUCAUUAUGCAAAUGACGUCUGGACGAAGAGACAAGCACCCCCGGAGGAUUGGGAUGCACCACUUCCAGAUUGGCUGGCAAAACGCGACGCGAAAACUUUUCUCGCGGGAAAACAAAAUGAGAUCAACACCACUGGAGACAAAGAAUUUGAAUUAUAUAUACCAUCAUGUACAAUACUUUAGAGUUGAAUAACAUUAUUACUGCCUUAUCCGCUGAAUUUUCAAUGA